UAAACAUCAUUUUGCAAAUGCAAAAAAAAACGCCAUUGGACAGACAAUAAGUUUUGGAGAUGUUUCAAUAAAUUGAUCAUGAAUUUGCAUAAUCACUUCUUAAAAAUCAUUAGUUCUCAUUCUCACCAUUUCCUACUGUUGAGGAAAUCAAUUCUAUACUAAAUUCUGUAGAGAGAGCUUAAAAUAGUAAAAGAGGAAUGUGGACUGCAUGCUAAGAUAAAUUCUUAAAUGUAUUAGUAUUAGGUACUUGUUUGAAAAGCAAAUAAAUUCCUAUCGAAUUAGUAAAAAUUUAGAAUUAUUCUUUAUAGAGUUCAUAUUAAUGGGAAUAGGUUUCAAGAAUGUUUAGAUAUCAUAAUUGGAAAGCUUGUCGAAAUAGAUGGUUUGAAGAAUGUCAUCAAAAAGUAGGUUGGACACCUUCUGAAGAUUAGGCUUUAAUUUAAUUAUAGCAAUUAUAUCCAAAUAAAUGGUGUGAGAUUGCAAUUCAAAUGAUGAGAAUUUGUAAGACAACUUAUAUUCGAUAAGGAAAAUAAUGUAGAGAUAGAUGGGUUAAUAAAUUAGACCCAAAUAUAGUGAAGUAAUUAUUUAAAAAUAUGAAAUAUUUAUAGCCUUCCAUGGACAAAGGAAGAAGAGUUGAAACUUUUUUAAGAAAUAACGAAAAGAGGAAAAAGAUGGGCAGAAAUCUCACUAAAAGUGUUUUAACAAAAAAGAACAGAAAAUACAAUUAAAAAUAGAUAUUAUAAUUUACUAAAAUAGGAAGAAAAUAAAAUUAAACUAGGCAGAGUAACAAAGGAUGAAAAGAAUAAAAUCUUAGUCAAUUCUAUCAUUUAAUAGCUUGAAAAAUAAGUAAAAUGUAAAUUUCCUAUAAAAAAUGAAGAAACAAAGGAAUAAUAAUUAUAAUAAUAAAUUUAAGAAUAUAAUCUUUAGAUUUUCAAUAGUAAUUAUAUUUAAGAGCCCUCUUAAUUAGUUUGUUUAUUAAAAAGAAAGAUUGUAAAAUUAAAUGAUUUAUGA